AUGACGGAGAUGUACUCUGGCCUCCAUGUGGGCCAGCGGUUUUCGUCUCUGGAGGACUUCAAGACAUCGGUACGCAGUAUAUCAGUAAGGCAACACUGGGAGCUGCGUGUGGCCCGAAGCAACAAGAAGAGCGUGGUCAUCGGUUGCCGAUCAUCGGCAAACUGCCUCUUUCGUGUGGUCUGUCGCUCAAACAAGAACGCGACCUAUAUCACUAGUCUGCAAGACAGUCAUAGUUGCCGUCGGAGUGCAGAAUCUUCGGCAGCCACGCCUGCUCGCUCUGAAGCCUCCCACGUGCGGUUUUUGCUGAGCGAGAUCCCCAAGCUUUUCGACAUCAAGUCGAAGAUACGAGCACAGGAGGUCGUGGAUGCCGUGAAACGCUACCAUGGAUAUGACAUCUCUAUGCGCCAGGCACAGCGAGCGCUCACCAGACUCCAGCCGAGACACGCAGAAGGCGAACAUGAAAAUACACUGGAUCUCGACAUGAGCGCAGGGGAACAGCAAUCGCCUGAGCGAUCCCCGGGGUCACAAACAGGCGGAGCCCAGGCCUUCAGAGAGAUAUCCGAGAAUCGCUGGCUUUCAGAGCAUCUCCCACCAUCGCUGGUCGAUGAUGAUAACAUCUCUCCAAAUGAAACCUCAAGCAACCACGUACCUGCGCCAGCACCCAAUCCUCAAGCUCUGCCACCACCCAUUCCCACGCCAAACCCACCUUCCUUCAAUCACGAUCCACAUUCAAUGGGCAUCCCACAACCUGAAGUCGGAUAUCAGACCGCUGCUUCUUUACCGGUAGGAGUGGCGGGUACCCCGAAAGAAUAUGCCCAGCGCACUGAUCACAACGCCGUUCCCCAAAUGGUUCUCACCAAUUUCAAGAUUGAAUUUACCUGCACAACCUGUGGGUCACUGAAUCAAAGCUUCUUCCCAAACCAGGGCAACGUUACUGGGGCCAGCUACAUGACUCAUCAUACUGUACCUAAUUCUAGCAAUGCCCCGAGACACACCGGACCUGCUCAGGAUGGGGAUGGCACUAGCCAUGCAGUCGGCGAAAGCUCUGCUUACAAUAUUAAUGCCUCCAACACACCAAACAUCCAGAACACCUGGCCUGGUAGUGGUCUAGGAGUCUCAAUCGGACCAGCCCAUACUUAG